AUGGCAACUCCUGACCUGAAUCAAGCACUAAAGCACCAACAAAAUGAACCGCGAAUCGCACGUUCAAUGACUCUUCAUUUUGUCGGCGACUGGGGAAUGGCAAAUUUCCAUCGUAUUUGUUCAUGGCUGACUCAACAAUUUUGUGACCGCGCAGGGCCCGAUAGUCGAGUUGCAACCUGGAGCAUUCGAUAUGGAGGUAUUGAAGCAGUGACCUCUGUCUUUCAGGGACAGGCUCAAUUGGCUAUUGCUACCCCUGCGCAAAUGAUAACUACAGCGUUGACUGGUCAAGGAAUUUUUUCUCAAUUUGGUCCAAUGCCUUCACUCCGUGCGCUGGCUGUCCUUCCUCAGAACGAUCGUAUGGUACUGGCUGUUGACCCAAAAUUCGGAAUCCGAUCUUUUAACGAUCUGCGCAACAAAAGACCUCCACUUCGAAUCGCCACCUCAACUAAUGACGGCACUAAUUUCAUUGGAUAUACCGCCAAUGCAUAUCUCAAGGCACAUGGAAUCACCGAAGCUGAGCUUGUUUCAUGGGGUGGUGCUAUAGUUCACGCUCAACGACCAGAACAAACAGUUAUGCUCGUUCUCAGCGGAAAGGCAGAUGCUCUCUUGCAAGAGGCGAUCAUGACGCCGUGGUGGGAAGAAGUAAUUCAAAAAAAACACUUUAUUCCUCUACCUAUCGAAGAAUCGGCGCUGGAGAGGUUUGUGGAGGAAAACCCGGGAGUAAGCAAGGCGGAUCCUAAUCCACUACCUGCUGGAUUUUGGGGUAAUCUCACGGAACCCUUACCAUGCCUUGAUUUUUCUGAUUUUGUUAUACUUGUGCGAGAUGACCUGCCAGAUGAUGUAGCUUACCUGCUUACGUGGUGCCUGGUUGAAACCCGAGACGCUCUUGAGAGUCAAUAUCGUCAUAUUCCUCCUGAAAAGAGCCCUUUGACCUAUCCUCUUGAUCCGAAGAAAAUGGCUUUAUCUCCAGUCCCUCUACAUCCUGCCGCGGCCAAGUUCUACAAGGAAGCCGGGUAUCUGUGA